CCCGCUUUCCCCCGGUUUCCGGCCGCUUCCGAAUGGCGGCACUACUACUUCCGGGUCGGCGCCUCCGUGGCUGAGCCGCGCCGCUCUGCCCGUGGGGGUCUCCCGGCGACCCUCCGCCCACGCGAUCCCCGACCCCAGCGCCACGCCUGCCUUCGCCGCCCCGCAGGGACGGUCCAGCGACGGCGGCGCCCGCCCGGCCCGUAGAGAAGACGUUGGUUCAGCAUGGAUCAAAGAAGAUAGUAGGGGAAGGCAGCAGAACCUGGAACAGUAGGAUGGCUUUCUUGGACAACCCGGCUAUUAUCCUGGCUCACAUCCGACAGUCUCAUGUGACCAGCGAUGACACGGGGAUGUGUGAAAUGGUCCUCAUCGACCAGGACGUUGACUUGGAAAGAUUCCACCCGGCUUCGGCCAAUGGGGACGACAGCUCGGAAGGAUCCAGCGGCAACGGCGAACCUCAGGGUUAUGUGUAUUCUCAGUCCGUGGACAUUACCUCAAGCUGGGACUUCGGCAUUCGAAGGCGCUCAAAUACAGCUCAGAGACUUGAACGGCUCCGGAAAGAGAGGCAAAAUCAGAUCAAAUGCAAAAACGUGCAAUGGAAAGAGAGAAAUAUCACCUGUUCUGCCGAGGAGCUGAGCCUCCUUUUUGACAAGAAGAACUUCAAGGUGAAGCCUGCCCACGCUCCUGCAAAGCCAUCAGUCCUCUCCGUCCGGCUGGAACAGUGCCCUUUGCAGUUGAACAAUCCUUUUAACGAGUACUCCAAGUUCGACGGCAAGGGCCACAUUGGCACAACCGCAACAAAAAUAAUUGAUGUCUACCUCCCAUUCCACGCCAGCCAGGAGAAGUUGCAACCCAUGACGGUGGUGACAAUUGCCAACGCCAAGGUGCAGGACCUGAUUGGGCUCAUCUGCUGGCAGUUCACGAGCGAAGGACGGGAACCUAAGUUGAACGACAAUGUCAACGCUUACUGCCUCCACAUUGCUGAAGACGAUGGGGAAGUUGACACUGAUUUCCCACCUCUGGAUUGCAACGAACCCAUUCACAAGUUCGGCUUCAGCACGCUGGCCCUGGUCGAGAAGUAUUCAUCGCCGGGCUUGGUGGCCAAGCAGUCUCUUUUUGUCCGAAUAAAUGCCGCCCACGGAUUCUCCCUGAUCCAGGUGGAGAGCCUGAAGGUCACCAUGAAGGAUAUUUUGCAAAAGGCUCUGAAGCGAAGGAAAGGGUCGCAGCGUGGCGCAGGACCUCGAUACCGGCUGGAGAAACAGAGCGAGCCCAACGUUCCCAUCGACUUAGACUGUACGCUGGAGAGUCAGAGCACGCUGGAAUUUUGCCUCGUCCGCGAGAACAAUGUGGCUAAGCUGGACUCUUGAUCUCCUUCCCUGUUGAUCAGACUGAUAACGGAGUUGGAAGGGACCUUGGAGGUCUUCUAGUCUGACCCCCUGCUCAAGCAAGAGACCCUGUACCAUUUCAGACAGGGGGCUGAGCCUGUUUUCCGGUGACAUAAACUUUCCAAAGAAUCAACCUACAGGAAUUGGCAAGGCGCAUUUCCAGUUGACUGCCACUCUCUGCUAAAGGCCAUCUUGUCAUGUCUAUAUGGUUUUUUUUUUUAAUUAUUUUCAUUAAUCUCUCGCGACUAAAUAUAGAGCUGGAAAACUGGCCGUCGUUUUGGCUACGGAGGCGACGUUAGCUGGCGCGUUCCACCAAAUCUGUCACUCUCCGUGUCUUCGGCAAGAGGUUUAAUCAAUUUCCCCCACUGUAUCCACGCCCCACUUUAUCUAAAAGCAUCUGUAUUAUCGUUUACAGCUAAGAUGCUUUUAUUAGUCUUUGGCAUAGAAAUGGCUCUGUGUGUGGGGGGGGAAAGAUCCCUGCAGGAAAUUUCAAUUCGGCGUUAAGCUGAUCUCAUAGAAUAAAAAAAAAAAAAUCCUUUUUUAAAAAUUCUAACUGGCUUUUUUUUUUUUUUGCUCCCAUUAGAAGGGAGCCCUCCACUAACAACCAUUCAUUUAGUGCCGUUCAUUUCCCUCUUCUGCUCAAGCCAAGUUCAGUUUCUUAGUUUAUCUGGAGUAUGUUAAUUCUAUGCAUUAAAAGCGGAGAGCCGGUUUAAUCUACUGGUUAAGGGGAGAUUAGAAACGGGGAGACGGGGAGUUCCAGUUAUGCCUUAGGCAUGAUAGCCAGCUGGGUGACUUUGGGCCGAUCACCAGGAGACGGUGAGUUCUAGUCCCGCCUUAAGCAUGAAAACCAGCUUCAUCACAAGGCUUGGUGUGCAGAUUCUUUAUCAUCAAGGGGUCCUUGAUGUUCUCGGGACUUUGUUGUUUUCUUGCACACGUUUCAUGACCCAACAUCCUCCGUGUUAAUGGCACUAAGUAGCACUGAUGGUGUUACCUAGUUGGGUCAUGAAAUGUCUCCAAGAGAACCACCAAGCUCAGAGAGCACCCAGGACCCCACCGUCCUCCUCCUCCCCACAAGCCCCACUCCCUUCUAGCACUGAUGAUGUCCCCUAGUUGGGUCAUGAAACGUCUGCAAGAAAACCACCUAGCUCAGAGAUCACCAAGGACCCCACAGUUCAACCCUCAGCUCCAAAAUGUUCUUUUGUAGCUUUUCUCUAAACUUGUCCAGACUUUUCUCCUCCAAGUGCGCCCAGAACUGCAGCCCAGUCCCCACAAGGCCUUCCGACCCCCACAUUGCCUCCUAUUGUCCCCCUUUUGCCUUCCCUUGUCUCAGUGGCCACCACACUUUCUCUCUUCCUUUGU